AUGGCGUUGGAUAAUUAUUACCGCAACAAAAUCGAGAGCAUGAAGCUUGAGAUCAUACAAGGACAGGCUGUCUUGAGGAGAUUAGAGGCUCAACGCAACGAUUACAACUCCAGGGUCCGCCUCUUGAGAGAAGAACUAGGAUUGCUACAGCAGCCUGGGUCUUAUGUCGGCGAGGUAGUCAAGGUGAUGGGUACCAAAAAGGUGCUCGUCAAGGUCCAUCCAGAGGGCAAAUAUGUUGUCGAUAUCGCCGAUAACGUGGACAUUGCAAAACUGACCGUAGGAAAACGCGUUUCCCUGCUCUCUGAUACAUAUAAGCUCGAGAAGAUGCUGCCGUCAUCCGUUGAUCCUCUCGUGUCUCUAAUGAUGGUGGAAAAGGUCCCAGACAGCACUUACGACAUGAUUGGUGGGCUUGACCAACAAAUCAAGGAAAUCAAAGAAGUCAUUGAGCUUGGGUUGAAGCACCCAGAACUGUUCGAAUCACUAGGAAUUGCGCAACCCAAGGGAGUGUUGCUAUACGGUCCACCGGGAACAGGAAAGACACUAUUGGCACGAGCGGUUGCUCACCACGCAGACUGCAAGUUCAUUCGGGUUAGCGGCUCGGAAUUGGUGCAGAAGUAUAUCGGAGAGGGAAGCCGAAUGGUGCGAGAGCUGUUCGUGAUGGCAAGAGAGCAUGCUCCCAGUAUCAUCUUCAUGGACGAGAUCGAUAGUAUUGGAUCAAGCCGAGUUGAGGGCAGCAGCGGUGGUGAUUCUGAGGUCCAACGAACGAUGCUGGAACUAUUGAAUCAGCUCGAUGGUUUCGAGCCAACAAAGAACAUCAAGGUUAUUAUGGCGACGAAUCGAUUGGAUAUUCUGGAUCCUGCACUUCUAAGACCUGGGCGUAUUGACCGAAAGAUUGAAUUUCCGCCACCUACUGUGGAAGCUCGAGCUGAUAUUCUACGAAUUCAUUCACGCUCCAUGAACCUGACUCGCGGUAUCAACCUCACCAAGAUUGCCGAGAAGAUGAACGGAUGCUCGGGUGCUGAAUUGAAGGGAGUUUGCACAGAAGCAGGCAUGUACGCCCUGCGGGAACGACGAGUUCAUGUGACACAGGAGGACUUUGACUUGGCGACAGCCAAAAUUCUGAACAAGCACGACGACAAAGAGGUCAGUCUGGGCAAGGUCUGGAAAUGA